AGUAAAUUAUUGAUAAAAUCCUGGCAAAAAUCAGAUACUCUGUAAAAUGUCAACAUUAUGGUGUCAAAAUCAAUGAAUUCAAUUCGCUUAGUUUAGCGCAGUAGUUCAGUGAAUGAAACCCUAGUCACGGUCAAAAGUAUUAAUACAUACAGAAAGUAUUGUUCUACUAGCUUUCCUCAAGGAUACAUACCAGAACUAUCAUCAACAGCACAUAAGUUCCCAAAUCACCACACCUGGCAACCCUCACCAAUUUGCAAGCCCAUCGAUGAUGGCGUGGAAAUAAGAGGUUGCGUAAAAUUCCAACAUGAGAGGUGUGUACGCACUUAUGUGCAUGUUGUUAGUCUACCUAACUGUUGCAGUGAACCAAGCCUUUUUAUUUUCCGAAAUGGAGGUGCAGAAAAUCUGGGAAUACAUAGACGAAGCAGUUUUUUGCGGUUCCAAUAUUAUUUUAUGUCUUGCAAUGUUCUGUGUGUAUUUUGAGGUGUUUAUUUUGAACAGAUUCCGUAAAUAUCUCGACAUAUUAACGUUCAGCUAUUUAUUCAUGUGGUUGGUAAGCACGAUUGCAGUGAUAACGUCGAACUACUAUUACUAUUAUGUCCACCUAGCAAUCGUUAUGAUGACAUUCCUAGCUAUCAUUUUAUUCUCAUUAUGCCUAACCGCAAAGUUCUGCUCUGAGAACGAUUCGAAAAUGCAACAACAAAGAGCUAGUUCGGACAAAACGGCAAGAACUAGAUCGGAAAGUCCAAGUUGUCGCCACGUACCUUUGCACGAUGAUGGCCAAAGUAAGAAGAUUGGGGGAAAAACUGCAGACGAAGGUACUUCGUUCCAUGGUAUACGUGCCGUUAGAUAGAUAGCAAUAAAUUGCUGCUCAUGUCGAUCAAUGUGAAUGAUUCAAAUGUUUCAAUAAAAACACUCGUAUAGAUUCUUGUAUUUUAUUUGUAGUCGU